AUGUCGUAUCCACCAGCUACUCUUGCAUCUGCUAUAGCAGCAAAUAACCUCUUACGCUAUUUAUUGGUUUCAGUGUUUCCAUUAUUCACUGUACAAAUGUACCCUAAAUUACAUAUCGAAUGGGCCACUUCUUUGUUUGCUUUCAUCUCAUUAGCAAUGGUUCCAGUACCUUUCCUUUUCAAGGAAUUCGGUGCUAAAUUGAGAACAAAAUCUAAAUUUGGUUACGCUGCACUCUUUGAAAGUCUUUUCGAGCAAAAGGCAUUCCAACAGCUUGCCAUACAAGAAGCGGCUAGCCAAGAACCACCAAAUGACGAAAAUAGCGAUACAGCAAACGGAUUCGAUGUUUCUCAUACGGCUUAA